ACAAGCCAGCCCUUGCUUGACAUUGGUUGUGAUGUCGCAGCCUGGCAAAGUUGUGAUCAACACGGCGGCCACUCGAGCCGCUGACGCCAACGGUAUCAUAUUAGGGUCGUGGCGGUCUGGUCUGUUCUCAUGCUUCGACUCGGUCGUUCCCAACUGUGUCAUGACGUGCUGCUGCCCGUGCGUUUCGCUGGCUCAAGCCAGUCACCGCGUGGGGAUCGUCCGAUUCCGCACCAUGCUAUGCGUCACGGGGGUCCUCAUGCUUGGCCAGUACUUGUCCACGUUUCUCAACUGGUAUUGCCCCUACACACUGUCACAGUCGAUGCAGGACCUGUCGGUCGAAGCCAUGUCGCCCCCUGAAGGCAUGACACUUGCGCAGACCGUGAAUUGGUCUUCGGACGUCCUGCGUCGCGCGAUUGAUUUGGCCGACCAAUAUGACAUGGCACGUCUGGCCACGGCGACCGUGUCAUCGUUGGCGUCGAUUGUCAUCAUUGUCCUCGUGUGGGUUGUACGAGCCCGCGUGCGGCGCAAGUUCAGCAUCCCUGGAAGCUGCUGCAUCGACUGCAUGACCAGUUGGUGCUGCACGUGCUGCGCCAUCGCUCAGAUCGCGACACACACCACUUCGUAUGUGGAAGGAGACUGCCAAUUUGGCCCCCGGGGCGUGUUGCCAGCCUAUUCUCCCACCAAGCAACCCUAAUAAUGCAUACUGCAGUAACCACAUGAACUAUACAAAGUGGAUCAUCGCACGAGAAUU